AAAGGAAUCUAAGAGAAAAGAAAGAUCAUGAAUGCCGCAUUCAAACUGGUCAUGGAAAAAGAUAAAAGAUAUUGGAUUUUGGGACUUGGUUAAUGGGUAGAGGUACGAUCGCUUCCACCACCGCCACCGUGAGCGACACGAUCCCAUGGUUUGUUGUGGAUUUUACUGAGCACUGGUUAGUGUUAGCGUGCUUUCCGAGUUAGACACGUUUACGUGGAAACUAAUUCGCUUCUUAAUCAAUAACAAUUUAAUUCGUGCGUCGCGUGCCCUACUAAUUCCUAAUUCAAACUGUGUUCAUUUCCCUGAGAUAAUCACUUUAGUGACUUAAUUUAACAUUGUUUUUGUGAACUCAUUUACGGUGCGUGCGGAGGGCGCCAAGUGGUUUCGAAUUUGCUAGGAGAGCCUCACCUGGACGGGAUAUAUGAUCUUAGACCGGAUUAAGUGUUUGAUCUUAUCAAAUUUCACCUGCGCAUUACCGCGAGUGUUAAUAGAGUUCUUUCCUUGCGACUGUGAAGUGUUGCUGCUAGCAGCUCGCGUUACCAAGAGGAGUGAGGUAAUAAAGCUGAUCUUGCAGACCACGUCUUCACACUACGUUGCGCCACUGUAGAACCUGCAGAACGCUGAAACUUGAAUCUUUUUAAGAGAUAAUUCCUACGAUGAGCUAACAGACGAUUCUACACACAAUUACAACAAUGUCCACUUCGCCAAGUUUCCCACUAAACAAUGAUCUGAACGAUCGACCUCUGAGUGUCUAUGACAAUCUAACAUCAAAUCAGACACCCAACGGGGUCAGCAAAGAGUACCCGAAACCGACCACGAUCACAAACGGUGAUCCAUUAAAGAAUAUAACAUUUAAGUUCGAUGAUAAUGGACUAACCAGCAACGGAGGCACGCCGUACCCGGGCAGCAAAGUACCAGAUCACCAGUCGCCCCCAGUGAUCAGAACAGCAAAUAGUGUCAGUAGAAACUCACCUGCGAAGCCGCUAAUUAGUGCGAACGCUGCACCUGGGGUUAAUUGUAAUAAUGUUGAUGUCAGUAAGACUAGUCAACGAUUAGCCGCGACGACAGUAAGUCCCACAAAUAAUGUUGCACCACUAACCAGUAAAUCGCCGUCGCGAUCAGUGGCGAUCGACAAGAGUACAAUAAUGUCGGACUUUGCGCGAGGUGGUGACCAAGGUUCCGCUACUGGCACCUCUCAUUUUAAGCCAGUUAUAAGCGAUGCGAAAUCCCGGUUUUUCGGACUAACAGAUACUCGCGAUCCCAGUAGUGAUCGAAACACGUCCAGUGAAGAUCGGAGUGAAAGUGUUUCGGUGCCGCUUUUGGACGAUAGUUACGGCCAUCAGCAAGUGAAGAUCAGUCCACCAGUUUUAGAUACAGCCGCGUCGGAACACAAGUAUCAGAACAUUCCUCCAAAUAGUGCAAUUUUCCGCAAGCUGAAUGAUCCAGCCGCGAAUAACGCGAACGACGUGAUCGAUGCGAUCGCCAUGUCGCCGCAACCAGUGUCUGCACCAUCAACGACGCCAACUAUCGUCACGACAGAUUUAUCGCCUGCGGAAAACAAUGAUGAUCUGUCGGAAAAAUCAAGACUUAACUCAGACGACCUGCAAAGUAAUCGCCGACGAAAUACCAACAGUUUUCAUGCCGAUACGGAUCUUAAUUACAACCAACAACCUUCACAGGUCAUCUACAUGUCAACAACCGUCCCACAGAAUAUAAAGAGCCCCAAUAUUGCUGGCCGCCACACACCCACACGCAAUAGCUUGCGACACAGCAGAAUGCUUGUGGUCAAUAAAAAUUAUCAAGGAUUAGAGUCCAUUAAUCCACUGGGUUUGAGGCACCCACGAUUGGCCAGAAUAUUGCUGAUACUAUUACUAAUUCUGGGAUUAAUAAUAACCACUAUUGGCAUCUGGAUACUACUAUGGGCACCAUACACAAGAAUGCAAGAUAAUCCAUAUUGGAGUGGUCUUUCUCUUAUUCUGGCUGGAACACUGGGUUUGAUUGUUAUUAAAUUCAGGCGAAUAAAACGCCAGAAAGUUCGUGAACAUUGCUUUACAUUUCUCAAAGCGGAUUCAUUAAUGCUUACCAUAAUCGCUUGUAUACUCUGCUUGGCGGCAUUCACGUGCGCUUCAUUACAUUUGAACAAUUUAUUCUCGCCAACAACGAAAUGUGCAUCAACAAAUAUUUUCAUAGCGAAUGCAUCGUGCAUUUGCAUAUUUGGGGCAAAAGAUACGAAUUUCACACCUCCAAAUGGAACGGAACCGGCUAAUCGGGCGGAGGAGCUUUUUUCAGGCGGCUAUGAGUUUCAUUAUAAAGAUUUAAGCUGUAACGAAGUAAAUGGAGCAUGGCGGUAUCUACUUAUGGCUUCAAUUGUACUUAACGUUCUUGGAUUUUUUAUUGGGUCAUGUUAUUUGUUGCUUUCAUGUUUCAAAAAGAAAGACAAAAGAAAAAUCUAUAAUUCGGUGAGGACGGACGUCUUUUGACGAGAUAAGCCAAACACAAACAAACAAAACAAUAAUAGGUAUAAUGACUAAAAAAGUUUUAUUUAUUUAUGUAGAUAAAUGUAAAUAAACAUUUUAUUUUUUUACAUAUUUUA